GAUUGGUGCGGAAUAACAUCUACAAGUGAAUGAAACGAUUAAAUUCUUCGAUUAAAGCCAGCGGACAGAAAUUGUAUACUUUAAACAAAAUGUUACACAGUCAAUCUAUUUCCGUAAAGCCCAAAUCACGAUUAGUAGUUUCAAACGAGCUGAGAGAAAGACUAAAGAAGGAUAUAGUGCUCGUACAAGGAAUAGAUCCCGGUAUUGUAACAACAGCUUCGAUCAAUUGUGUAAAAGCAGGUACUCUCUUCGAAUCGAUAAAUAGAUUUUAUAUGCUUGAAAAUGAAGUGUCAGAUAUCCAACACAGCCAAGUUUGUGAUUAUUCAUACGUACAUACCGCAAGCAAGGUGAAUGCAGCUGCUUUAGCUACAAAUCAUAGAAUAAAAAGAGAGAAAAGACAAAAAGAGGGAAAGACGGAAAAACCAAUUUCUCUGGAGAGGAAACGUGUGACAAGAAAGAUAAGGACUAAGCGUUAUCAUAAGAAGAAUUGCAGCAGAUACAGAUCUGGCAUGUUUAAAAGCCAUGUAUUAGAUGUAAGAGAAGGCUCAGUACUGACUUUUGUGGGGGAUUGGUCUAGAAAUGGGACAUACAUUCGAGGACAUGAACGAAGAAGCUUAGAUCCAGUUUUGAAAAGGCUUAAAUGUGUUGAAAAAGACGAAACAUUUAUUGUAGAUGAGUACAAGUCAACAGUUAACUGUAGCUCUUGCUUUGAGCCUACAACAAAACAAAUAAUACGGGUUUCACUUGUCGAAAAACUUCCAGCGCACCAGUCUGGCGACGUUGCGGUCUUCGGGUGUUCCCGACAACUAAAUUUAGCGGAUGUCCCCCAGACAUGUAUUCCGCAUCAUUUCCAAACACCCGUGAGCGCCAUGUGUUGGCACUCUCCUUACCAAGAAGACAACAAGUUCACACAAAUUAAGGGGGGAAUAGAGAAGCCUCAUCUACUCCUGUUAGCGGUAAAAUUAGAACAAAAGCUGUUAAAUAAACUGAAGAAAGAGAUAAAUAAUCGAGUCAUGAAAUACACGUUCCUUAAGAAACAAACCUAA